AUGACCUCAAUGGCCCGUCUCUUGCUUCAACCGCUGUCGCAAGAAACGGGCCUCGUUGGUUGCCUAACCUCCCACCGAAGUCUCCUCCGUAUCCUCAUCCUCCGCAUCAAACAGCAGCAGAGCCCCAAGCUCCAGUACGUGUGCGGAGCGAUUGCGCGCGUGCUUGCGAGCCUCUAG